ACCGGGUAACGCCAUUUUCACGCACCGCGCAGUCAGUCAGCGGACCAGCCGAGCUGUCAUCUUCAUGUGCGACCAGUCAACUUUUCUAUUCAGACCCAUGAAGCCACUAUCAAGUUAGUUUUCACGGACCUGCUCCUGCCAUGGAACCGAAGGAGAGCCGUCUUUUUCCCGCAUGGGCUCCGACUAAACGCGGUGUGUCUGACAGUCGGGCUGCUAGUAGCUAUGUAAGCUAGCUGGUCAUCAUUAACGGCGGUUUGAUGCAGUGAAGCCCGGUCGGCAAAUCAUAGACGCAACCCCGGAGACAGUGUGGACAUUCUGUUUUUUAACGUUUUAAUUUUAUUGCCCACGGUGUCGGGAAACGGAAAAAAACACUAUCCACUUGUAAAAGUCUCAAUUUAAAGGGCGAAGAGGCGAGAAAACCGGCGAUAUCGUCCCGCUACAUCGGCAACGGAUGUCCUAUAGAACGAAUGCGUGAGGACAUGUCCACCAUGGUGUGCGUGAAGGAGGAGGAGGACCCUGGGGAGAAGCUGUCCCAGGAUGAGAUCAUCUCCAGAACCAAGCAGGUGAUCCAGGGGCUGGAGGCCCUGAAACAGGAGCACCACUCCAUCCUGGAGGGCCUGCUGGGCACGCUGAGAUGCCUGAAGCAGGAUGAGGAGGGCGUGCUGGUGGAGGAGAAGUCCCACAUGAUCCGCAAGUCCAUGGAGAUGCUGGAGCUCGGGCUGAGUGAGGCACAGGUGAUGAUGGCGCUGUCCAGCCACCUGAGCUCGGUGGAGUCCGAGAAGCAGAAGCUCCGGGCUCAGGUACGCCGGCUCUGUCAGGAGAACCAGUGGCUGAGAGACGAGCUGGCCGGGACGCAGCAGAAACUGCAGAAGAGCGAGCAAAGCGUGGCCCAGCUGGAGGAGGAAAAGAAGCACCUGGAGUUCAUGAACCAGCUGAAGAAGUACGACGAGGACCUGUCCCCAUCAGAGGAGAAGGACUCCGACUCAAGUAAAGAAACUCUGGACGAUCUCUUCCCAGAUGACCAGGAUGACCAAGCCCCAGGAAUUCAGCCGACUCACGGCAGUGCUGCAGCAGCGGCCGCCCAGCAGGGAGGCUACGAAAUCCCAGCCCGUCUGAGGACCCUCCACAACCUGGUGAUCCAGUACGCCUCUCAGGGCAGAUACGAGGUGGCUGUGCCCCUCUGCAAGCAGGCCUUGGAAGACCUGGAGAAAACCUCUGGACAUGACCACCCUGAUGUGGCCACGAUGCUCAAUAUCCUAGCUCUUGUUUACAGGGACCAGAACAAAUAUAAGGAGGCAGCCAACCUGCUGAAUGAUGCUCUGGCUAUCAGGGAGAAGACUCUAGGCAGGGACCAUCCAGCUGUCGCUGCCACCCUCAAUAACCUGGCUGUCCUGUAUGGCAAGAGAGGAAAGUACAAAGAAGCAGAGCCUCUGUGCAAGAGAGCACUGGAGAUCAGAGAAAAGGUGCUGGGGAAGGACCACCCAGACGUGGCCAAGCAGCUGAACAACCUGGCCCUGCUGUGUCAGAACCAGGGCAAGUACGAUGAGGUGGAGUACUACUACAUGAGAGCGCUGGAGAUCUACCAGACCAAACUGGGCCCGGACGACCCCAACGUGGCCAAAACCAAGAACAACCUGGCUUCCUGUUACCUCAAACAGGGCAAGUUCAAGCAGGCUGAAACUCUGUACAAAGAAAUCCUCACCCGCGCCCAUGAGAGGGAGUUUGGCUCUGUUGAUGAUGAGAACAAGCCGAUAUGGAUGCACGCUGAGGAGAGAGAGGAACAAAGCAAGGGGAAGCAGAAGGACGGCUCACCUUUUGGAGAAUAUGGAGGCUGGUACAAGGCCUGUAAAGUCGACAGCCCUACAGUGACCACCACCCUGAAGAACCUGGGCGCCCUCUACAGGCGGCAGGGGAAGUUUGAGGCGGCAGAGACUCUGGAGGAAGCUGCCCUGCGUUCCAGAAAGCAGGGUCUGGACACUGUUCAUAAGCAGCGUGUGGCAGAGGUCCUGAGCGAGCCCGAGGCCCGUGAGAAGCAGCGGAGCCGCGAGAGCUUGACCUCUGACACAGUGAAAUACGAGAGCGGGCCGGACGGUGGCGAGGAAGUGAGUAUGAGCGUGGAGUGGAACGGGGCAUAACUCCAGAUGCCUUGUAAUGAUUCUAAAAACUUGUCUUCUGCAUGACGGACGCCUCGCCUCACCUUUUCCUCGCGUCAGUCCCUUCAGCUUUGCAGUUCUCUUCAGCUCCCUCAUCUCUUUACCUCCUCUGGGUUCUGGUGGGAAUCUUCACGGGCCGGGGGCGAUCCACAGCGCUAAUGUUGCUUUAACGAGGAGUGGGUUGGAGUUUGGAUUACGCAGAGUUGUGUUUGUAUCUGCUGUGGGUGGGAGAGAACUGGGGGAGGAUAUUGAACUCUUUCUUCUUACCAUGAUCUUCCUUCUGUCCCCCUCUCCUCUCUCUAGCUCCCUCUCUUUCUGCCCCUCUCCAGUUAAAACUUUAAACUGUCAUUCUGACUGCAGACUCAUUUUGUAGAUGCUGGGGAGGUUUUUAGGGUGUUUCCUUAAAAUCUGUGACUCCUACCUUGUUCUCUAAACUGCUCUGUGAAGCAUCACUCUGAAUCCCGAUAAUAAUAAAAAUAAUAACUUUAUUUUGAAGCUCUCUUAAAAACAAGGGUUGACAAAGUGCCACAGCAAACAUAACAAGAACGCAUGAGAACCCAAAAAAACACGGCAACAGAGCAACCCAAGGAAGAGACACACAACCAACAACAACAAAACCCCAACUUUAAAAGAUCCCAAGUCCCUGACUUAAAACUUUCCAAUCCCACCCGAGGCAUUAAGCAGUUAUAUCCGCUCUCCCGGAGCACAACUCAACACAAAACAACACUAAAAAUCAAUCUAAAGGAAUCAAAGAUGCUUCUUUUGCAACACAUGUAUAUCAGUAUGUUUAAGAAAGUUGAUGUUUGAGGGAAGCAUUGCAUUCCUUUAGUGGAUGAAAGUGAAGAAAACAGUUAAAAUAUGUAGAAAUAUUAGAUAUAAAUAUUAUUAAACAUGCUGUAAAACAGAUAAUAUCCUCAAAUAUCUAAUUAAAGAAGACGUGGGUGCACAUCCAGUCCUUCAUGUAGAUCUGCACAUUUAAACUAAAUCCUUGAAGUCAAAUUAUUUUAGAUUUUCUGCCCACUUCUCCCUAGAUUUUUUGGGGUUAAAAAAAAGUCAACGUAUUCGCACCUAAAGGAUCUUCAGCAGGGAAAUAUCAACAUGACUGUAAACAAGGAACAACACUGAUCACACCCUGUGACAUCACACCAAACUGAUCAAACACACACAUCCCCUCUCACAAUCUGACUCUGCAGGAAUGAAACGGUCAGAGUUAAAGCUUUAACGUUUUAUCCCCUCUUCCUUUCUUUGGGUCUCCUCUCUCUCUCCUUCUCCGUCCUCUGUUUUCCUCUCGGCGUUUUACAUCUGAACUCAUUAGUGGUGACUCAAAGCUCGUAGUGAUUCAACAUGCUGUAAAUAACAUCUCCUUAAAAAUAAAAAAGUAAAAAACUCGUCAGCAUGAGCGAGAGCACCGUUGAUUGUGGCUCUGUGGGUUUUAGAGUUUUAGUCGUUAGUGUGUCGUUCUGUGUCAUCUGUAAGCAACGAUAUCACACUAAACCUUCGAUGUCAACAAGAAGACGCUUUAAAGGGAGCAGGAUUCAUGCAUGAUGUGUUACAAAUAGACUGGCACAGUAAUUCAGUUUCAGAGGAGAAGGAGUGAUUGUCUUUAAAAAGCUUAAACAUUGUGCAUUUAGCCUGUUGACCUUCUGUAUAUCUGUAUAUAGGUGUCUUGAGUAAAUGGGUGGGGGGGGGGGGGGUGCAGAGGGUUUCGCUGUGAACAAAGCAAUGUUGAAUAUGUUGGAAAUGUAGGAAUUAUUAAAGCCUCCUCGUCUCUGUUCUCCGCUCCUGCUAAUAAUCUUCUGCGUGUCCUGUCCUGUUUGUGCAUCUUCCAGUUUGUCUUUCUUAACUUCUAAUAAAACCUAAACUCUUUGCUCACCUGAACCUGUGCCUGUCGCCUCUUUGUGUGCGUCCCUCUCUUUUCUCUGUGUGUGCUUUGAUAACGGAGUGAGCUCUAAACAUUAACACCUCUCAGCUGGAGCCACUUUACUCUUUUUGUCAUAUGGAGAUUGUGUUGAGAUUAAAAAAAAAAAAGAGUUAGAGCAUAAACAAGAUGAUGUACAAUAAAAAAAAUAAAGAGCUUUUAAACUACUGAGGUACAACAAUCCUCAAACGCACUCAUAGACAUCAUGCCCUAACGUAGCAGGGACAAAAGACGGCUGUGGAAUUGCUUCAUCAUUUUUAUUCAAAUAAAUCAAAAAAUGUAAUUACCAUGUUUGACAGUAUUUUAAGCUUAUUUUGAUUUUUUUGGACGGGCUUUAGCUCAGGGUUCUUCCUGACUGUUACUUCCUGUUUA